AUGGAUACUUAUCUGGAAGACGUCAUGGUGAACUCGGACUUUGAUGCCAACAUCCUUGCUGCUAAGGCGAUCAAUGUUUAUCAUAAGAUGCCGCUGGAUGUGCAAAUGAAAAGCUUUGCCAUCAGAUUAGCUCGAGGUUCUAUGACAUAUUCAGUGCUCUAUGAGUGGGAGUUUGCAGAGGGACUACGCCAGGCUCGGCCGAAAAUAGUGACAAAGAAAGUCCCUCAAUUUUGCAGAUUGCCGAAUCUCCUGAUACCUUUGACCAAAUCCACAUCUUUCCUGCUUGUGACGCCUUUGUCUAUUGUAGCCUGCAAAAAUUGUUCAAACGCCGAGUCAAGAUUUUUGAGCAUUUUAGAAUUUGACACAACCCCUCCUUUCAUAUGGGCGAAAUGGGCGCGCCCAUAUCGACAUGCAGCAUAUGACAAACUUCACGACGAUAUCUACCUAUGCAGGGAGGACGGGGAUCUUUCAUACGUGCAACUGAGCAAUGAUUGCCUCCUCGAGGCCUCGGAUUCAGUAGGCCAGCUUGACUGCGACGUGGAUUGUGCUUUCGAUACAAUUGACUUCAGUCAUCCCGGGCACGGUGGCGAUCUUCUUGUUGCAGCGGGUAAUACUGGACAUGGUGGCUUAUUUAUACAAAUCGCAAGACAAAGUCCAAUGUGUGUGCAGAAAUUUGUGAACUGGGCGCCGGUAUUUGACGCUGUUAUAGUACCGCAGCUUCACCCUAAGGCACACCACAGUCAAGAUAUCACAAAGGAUGUGCGCGACGACCUUCAUCUAUAUGUAUCCUCGGCAUCUUCCAACAACACCGGGGCGGUAUACGAAUUUCGACAUGGUUAUGAGGCUCAAAUUGGAAUGAUCGUUCCUCUAGAUGAUUUUGCUUCGGCACGAUCAGUUUGGGCGAUACCCGACCUAACCGGGGAAGGGACUUAUUUCUUUAUCUCUGAUCCGGUCUCCUCGGCAUUGUUGCAUCUUUCACAAGAUGGCGAAGAGAUUUAUGCCGUCGACGAUUCCGAUUCGCCCCUUGAUCUUUCAGCGCAGACUCUAGCAGCGGGAUAUACGUCUACUGCGAUUCUAGUGCAAAUUACUCCAAGUUCUGUGCGCUUAACAGUGCUCGGGAAGCCCAGACUGAAUUUCGUGUCAGAUUUCCAGAUAGAUCAGACCGUCCUGGUUGCAACAGUCAAUGAGGAGCUAGGACUAGUUGCUACCGUUAUGAAAUUUGACGAGAAAAUCGGCCUGCAGGUAGGCAGGAUAUUGUCAAGUGACGACUCUCUCGGAAUUGAUUACUUAGGAGAGAUGGUCAACGUCGAACACGAACCUAUUUCGAUCUUGGUUGAGCGAGUGAAAAAUAUUUCAUAUGUAAUUGUGGGCUCAAGUGACGGCCACCUUGCUUAUUACCGAGUGGAUCAAGAUGGUGUCGUCCUUCUUGGGCGUUAUACAUUGGAAUUGAACGGAGAUCAUAUAUCAAAAGCCAUAGAGAGUAUUGCUGUAGUUGGUUGGAUUGAUACCAAUAAAGCAGCAAUGUACUGUGGUCUUCGAAGUGGCCUGCUUGUUUCCAUGGACAUGGUCUUUGAUUCAGAAAACCCAAAUGAUCCGAUUAGUAUCAAGCAGCGGCCCGACAAGAGAUUUGGCGAUACUGUUGUUAAGCUCUUGAAGAAAGACAACAUGAUACUAGCCACGUGCGGAGUAGAUUUCUGGUGCAUCUCGGACGUUAAUAUCAGCAAUGCAAAUGCGUCUGAUUUUAAUCUUCAGCGAAUCUGGAUAACGGAUCAGAACGACCCUGCCUACACUCAGAGAGAAAUAGAAGUUUUGACGGUUGUUUCUGCAUCACAAAUUCCUGGUACAGCCAACUUGGAGGGAUCUUUGAUUUGUAUCAGCGAUAACCAACUUCUCAUAUGUACAUUGGACCGUCGAGCGAAAGCAGUGCCACGCAAGGUUGAUUUGCCUGGAGCCGCUAAUAGGAUUCACUAUUCUGAUUAUCUCAAGUGUUUAGUGGUUGCAUAUGUCGUCACUGAACUGGUGUCUGACCCGGAAACAGGGAUCGUGAAACGCUACAUGCGCCCACACUUAGACUUUCUGAAUCACAAUUUGCAACUUCAAGGUCCAUUGCAAACUCGAAAGCCAGUUGGGGCGUCUGGGGAACGCAUUACCUGUAUUCUCGACUGGGUUCCCGAAAGUGGAGGCCAGCGAUACCAUUUCCUUGUUAUUGGCACUGCACGAAGGACGCAAGAGCAGAAAGGCAGAGUCAUAUUCUUAUAUUCAAGGCGCAACGCCGAAAAUCCUGAAGAAAUAGAUUGUUCGGUAAAAUACAUCCACUCCUUCGACGGCCCUGUACGUGCUAUUGCUGCGUAUGGGGACUCUACUAUCAUGGCUGCAGCUGGCAACGACAUUAUCCCAAUCGCACCAAAAUUACCUAACGGGGGAAAACAAUGGGCUGCAGCGGCGCGGUUUAAGCUGACAUCCCCAGGCGUUUCUAUUACGGUGCGCGAUACAUUGCUUUACGUCAGUACAGCGAGAGAGUCCCUGGUGAUCCUACAAGUUGUUGAGAACAAACUAGAGCUUUAUGCUCAGGAUGGAGUGAGGCAUGAAAGUCUCUCACAUCAUUAUAUCGGUGGAGACCUCAAUGUGGUGCUUGUGAGCAGCAGGGGUGGCACAAUAAGCGCAUUUUCACUGGCCAAUGUAACGGACACGGACAAAAUCAUUUCUCCAGCGAUCGCCGAAGCCCAUCUUCCGGUAUCAAUGAUCCGGCUCAAUGCUUGUGACAGUCCAUCUCUUCGCUUCUAUUCGUCAGCAGCAGUCGUAUAUGGAACCACAAUGGACGGGGCAAUAUACCGAAUUUUGACCCUUAAUGAAAAAGAAUGGCGUCUGCUUCGCUUCAUACAGAACUUAUGUAGCAGUGACUCCAUAAUCUCACCUCUCCUCUCCGCCAGAAAACGACGAUGGAUAUGGGCAGAUAUCGAGCCGCAAGUGAAAACCCCAUCCUCAAUGCACGUUAAUGGCGACAUCCUCUCCCGUCUGGUUCCGCAAGGCACGGAUUAUCUUCAGCGCAUGCUACAAAGUGACACUCAGUUGGAAGCAACAGCUGUGCCUCCUCCGAAAAGUUACAUGGAGUUGUUCACUCAGCUGUUCGACGAAGUUUUUGUAGAUACUCCAGUGGAAGUAGAUCCUGAGAUCACAUCACUUGUCUUUUCAGGUAACGGAUUUGUUGACACAUAG